GCGUCGGAUCCUCGGGGGAUACUGGUCGACGUCGACUCGCCUCAGCUGCUGCUGACUCGAGCGAGCCACACUCCAACCAUCACCGAUGGCAGCGGAUGGAACCACGCCGCGCGUGUCGGCCUCGUCGCCUCCCACCGUCGGGACGCUCCUCACCAGGGCCUCCGCGGCGCGCGACCGCGGGUGCUCCUCGCCGCGGUCGCUGCUGUCGCGCAUCCUGCACGGUGGCCGAGGCCGCAGCGGCGCCGGGUUCGGAUGCCGCAUCCGCCUCCUCCCGCGCUAUUGUGCCAGCGCCAGCGCCGCGGCGGCCAAGGAGGACGCCAUCGCAGCCGCGAAGCAUGAGGAGGAGGACGAGCCGGCGGAAGUGGAGGCAGCCCAGCCGGCGCCUCGAGAGCCGGGGGGCCCUCGUAGUUCUCUUGGGAAGCAGGACGCCCUGCCGGCGAGCCUGGGCCUGGGCGCCAGCCUGGUGCUGCUGCUGUCCAAGAGCGCGGCGGAGCUGAGCAGGAUGGCGGAGCUGCGCGCCCAGAUGGAGCGCCUGCUCGUCGACGCCAGGGCGGACGCGCGGAGCUGCACCGGCCGACCCAGCGCCUCCGGCGGCCGUUCCGACUGCGCCAGCGCCGUCAAGGGCCCCGUCGCCCGCGCUGGCGGCGAGGAUGAAGAUGAUGGCGCCCUGUCCCGGUCCGAUGGUGACGGGGGCCGUGACAUGGACCGGAUGGAAGCUGAGCUUGAGGCGGAGCUGUCGCGCUUGCAGUUGCAGGGAGCCUCGGACGUCGAGGACAGUCCGCCUAGCCGACGGCGUGAUGAUCAACUCGUGGUGCAGGCGGGACCGAAGAGCGGUGCCUCCUCAAGGAGACACUCGGCGAUCUGCUCCGAAGACGACAGCGACGACGGAGAGACAGACAACAGCGGCGACGAAAGCCAAGACGACGAGGAGGAGUAUGAGCAUGACGCUGAUGAGGGGAACGUGAUCAAUGGCCCCGCCCACGGCGGCGUGUCGGCCCGCGAGCUGCAGCUGAGGCUGCACCAGCUACUGCAGUCGCGGCACGAGGCGCGGAUCGCGGAGCUGGAGUCGGCGCUGGAGAGCGCGCGCUGGAAGCUGCGGGAGACGGAGCGCGAGGCGUGCCGGUGGCGCGACACCGCCAAGCUCGCCACCCGCUUCGCCGACGAGUCGAGGCUCAGGUAGGAGUCGAAGAGAACCCACCGUCGCCGGAAUCCCGUGCCCGUGCCCACUGUCCGAUCGUUCUGCUUCCAAUAGGUUCACAGAUCAAGGGCUCAUUUCGCGAGAAGUUUAUGCUGAACAGAACAUAUGCGCACGGAUCGAGAUGAAUCUUCCUUCAUCGUUUGGUUCCAAACUGUACUGAACAACCGAUCAAUUCCAGUCGCGCUCGACGGCUCGAGGCAUUCAUUC